AUCCACACCAGGGUUUGAGUGUUCUUCCGAAUUUCUUCACAAAACCACACCUUUCACCUCCAUAAAAUAUCCAACUCAGCCUAGGCUUUCACGUUUCGCGAAUACGCAUAACUCCCUUGCCUGUUUCACUCCUACGUCAUAAACGACAGUCACAAGCAACCAUGUCUUUCACGCAUUCCCUACUGGUUCCUAUGCCAGCCAACCACACCACCAAGAUGUCUGCCGAAAUCAACGAGCAGAUCGACGAGCUCACAGAGAUCCAGCUGCGAUUGAAAAUGGUUGCUCAAGAGUACAUCAAGGCCACCGAGAAGCUCGGUGCCACUGUUUCGGGACGCGACAAGUCCAUCGGCGUCAAGGACCGAAUGAGCAAGAUGAUUCUCAACGCCAAGGAGUCGGUUGCCAAUCUCGACCAGAUGAUCCAAGCGACCGACAAUCUACUCAACCUGAGCUUGCCCGCUGCCGCCAUGAAGUGGGAUGACGAGGAUGAAACGAAGGCCAGGCUAACAAUGGAGCACAGGAAGCGCCUCGCCUCGUCCUACGUCGCUGCUUCUUCUGUCGACGAGGAAAAGGUUAAGAAGAUAAGGGACAAGGUCAAGGCUAAGGCCUCAGAAUCCUAUGCAGCCAAUAAGACCUUAGCUGACGCCAUGACUGUAGGUUUGGAAACUUCGCCAUUUUGGUGCGAGUGGAUGGCAACCAUAAGAUCCGAUCCACGAUUCGUGCCGAGCGCGACGCUGGAUCGGCCAAGCGAUUCAAUGCCGACAGGCAGCCUAGCAGCAAGGACUAUUCCUUGAACAAGAAGACCAGGGACUGCUUUCCUAAAAUGAUUACUGAGGCCUCUGCCACCGAAGAUGGAGAGACCAUGUGGCUAAGUACAGAGUCUGUGGGUGC